AUGUUACCUGAGCCGUCAAAUCUCAGGUCUCCCCCCACGAAGAGGGGGAGGACUGAGUCGGCGCCCACAGAAAGCGAACCGGGACCUUCCGGGGAACAAUCGACGGGUGCUGGGGCCCCCGGCAUACCAAAUGAAAACUCAUCACGAGCAAACGGUAAUGCUGGAGCCCAACCGUCUGAAUCGGUGCUUGCACGGGUUCAGACACAACCAACCAGGGUGACUGGUAGGGUACAACGCCAGAACUGGUCAACUGACGAGUUGGCCAGGGUGUGUCAGGAGUACCGGGAACUAAAAGAAAGCACUGGUGGUGUUGAAGCGGGUGGACCGGCCGUUUGGUUCGGUAAACUUAGCGAACGCUACAACCGUGUGAUCGAGUCAGUUAACAGAGCCUACGGGUUAAACUUGCCGGCUAGAAACUGGAGUUCGAUUCGUUCGAAACUCCAGCGAGACAAGGCGGCCGAUCGUAUCUUUGACAAGGUCUGGGAUAGGGUCGUUGUAAAUCCUGAUGGCGAAACGGUAAUCCUGGAUGAUCCAGAGAACUCUUCGGAGCAGAUCGAAGAUCAUCGAAUCGGGGAAGCAGCUUCGGCUGCCGAACCAACGACUACAGCUAGCAGUCCGGAUACGGAGUGGGUGAUCGAUGACGAGUUCAGAGAAAACUUUAACCACUUUGUAGCUACCUGGAUGGGGAAAACAAGAAAGGUCCGAAAACCGAUCAAAUUCCCUAGAAAGGUGCCGGAGGUUCUGUGGAAACAUGCUAACCACUUGGUGGCUGAGCAUGUUGCCAACGGAACUAUUCGAAGUCUCGCUGACCUAAACAGAACGGUUUAUGCCGCUUCUUGCACCGUUGCGCAUGUCCUCAAAUUAGAAGACAAGAAAUGCGCACAACGUGAGAAGGACUGGUUCGCCGCUAGGGAAGCAGAGAUCAAGAAUCUGUCGCGUUAUCUUAACUGGAUAGAUGUGGAGUUGACCAGGCGGCGGCAGUCGCAAAGGUUAACCCCGCGUCAGAAACGACACGUGGUGGAGCUCAGACUUCGGUAUGGGCGAGACCGGGUGGCGGAUACGACUAGGCUCAUUGAGCUCAAGUCGAUGUUAAGAGACGUUCUAGCAAUGACACGGAGGUCAGUGAUGCGACGCAGAGCGGAUCGAGAUCGUAAGAGGGGCAAGUUUGUCCCUCUGCGGAAAUAUCUCGAGUCUGGAGAAUCGAGAGAUGAUCCGGCGCUUAGAGUCGACGAGAUACGUGAGUAUUGGGCAGGGAUAGUUGGUGAAAGCCAACGUUCUCAAAGCGACGCCAUCACGGCGGAGUGGGCACAAGACUGUAACGUAUCAGCUCAAGAGGUCACUGACGAGCAACUCCGAGUAUGGUGGCGUAUGGCUGUAUCGAAGUGCAAGCCAAACAAAGCGCCUGGCCCAGACGGAAUUCCUGGAGUUUCCUGGAAACGUCUGCCGUGUGCCAGCGAUUGGUUAUGCACUUGGCUUAUCAAUGCACUGCGAAGUGUGCGCGUGAACACGCCUGGGUGGUUGGCACAUGGGAGAGUCGUGCUACUCUACAAGAAGGGUGACGCAAGCGAUCCCGCUAACUAUAGGCCCAUCGCGUGUCUCAAUACGUGCUAUAAAUUGAUAACGUCCGUAAUCGAGAAGGCCAUACGAGAGCAAGUAUCCGCUUGCCCCCAACUGCUCCCACGCGAACAAAUCGCGAACCGUAAAGGUGUAUGGGGGUGUACGCACGCGAGUAUCGUGGACAGGAUGGUCACAGGUUCGGCCAGAGUCGAUAAGGGAAUUCCAGGCGGUCUCAGAGUCUUGUUUUAUGACUGCCAGAAGGCCUUUGACUCGGUCCUACGUGAUCAUAUGUUCAAGGUCCUUGAAGUAGCUAAGAUAGACAGGAAGCUCCUGCUUCUAAUGAAAUCUUUGACUAUGAAUUGGACCGUUAGAUACGAGCUUCGACGAUCCGGCCACACUGAACGGAGCAAUCCGCUCAGGGUGAGAAGAGGCCUCCUGCAAGGAGACACCCUAUCACCAACGUGGUUUUGUUUAUGUAUCGCUCCGAUAUCCAAAGCUCUCAGGGAUGCCAACCCUGGGCCCCAGUUUCGUCCGAUUCCGGGGAGGCGCGAUGGAGUCUCGGUAUACGUUGGUCACAUGUUUUACAUGGAUGACCUAAAAGUGUACUGCGCAGGGGAAAGAGCCCAGGUGGCUGCCGAAAGGUUAGUCCCAGAGCUCUUUUCUCGUAUUGGAAUGAACAUAAACGCAAGCAAGAGCGCUGCUGCCUCACUCUCUGGGGAAAAUACGACGUCCUCACUACCCGUACUAGGAGUGAAAGACCAAUAUAAGUACCUGGGAAUAGAGAGUGGAUUCGUAGCGCAUGAGGUCGCUGCCUAUGCCCGUAUGGAAAAGGUAAUCCUGGCCAAAGUAUCUAGUAUACUUCAGGUUACCCAACAUACAGUUGGUCAGAGGCGGCACGCGAUUAGAACAGUGGCGUUUCCAGGCGCAGCGUUCAUACUCGCCAAUAUCAUAUUGGGAGAUAAACGACCUGCCACGGCGGCGUCAGACAUGGACAGAAUGGACAUGGAGAUCCGAAAGUUGAUACGAUCUCGUGGCAUUCUCCAUGCUAAAUGUGCUAAUCCGCGUAUGUACCUCAGCUGUGAACGAGGUGGGUUGGGAUGGCCGUCGUUGAGGGCGACUUACUACCAUUCGGUAGCGUACUCAGCGGCGUACCUCCUGACUUGUCAAGAUCCCUGGGUAUGCAGGGCCAAGGACUAUUUCCUGAGCGGGCGACUCAAAGGAAAGAACCAAGUUUACAAGCACUUGCUUUACAUCUUCAAGGAACUCGGCAUUGGCGAAGAUAUUUUGAGUAAUCCGGGCGAAAAUUCGAGAGCGUUGGCGCAGAAGAUUGCAUUGGCAAUUGAUACCAAGCUCGAAGAAAAGUACCUUAGAGAACUCGCUCAAAUGCCAAGAGCUGGGCGAUGGGUUGAUGCGGAUUCGUCGGUCUUUGAUCCGAAGUACUCCUACCUAUGGUUGGAGAAGGCAUGGGUCAACGAUAAGGCGUACCAACACGUGAACAGCGUAAUAGAGGGAACUCUGCUGGAAGGGGUAAACCCGCACAAUGUGUUGGAGAAAUGCAGGGCAUGCGGCGAACAGAAUGCCACAAUUGCUCAUAUUACCAAUGGGUGUAGGAUCCUUCGGGAAACUACUAUGAAGCAAAGGCAUGACGGGGUAGCCAGGUGGCUAUACUCUGCUCUGACCGAGGUAGAUUCAACACUACCCCGGUACCAUUAUACACAACCGAUUGAAGGUCUGGUGAGAGGUGAAAGGCUAGAGGUGAGAUAUGACAUAGAUAUCCCAACACCUAACAUGCCACGUCACUGCAGACCGGAUGUAGUCAUAUUUGACCGCUUGAGGCAAGAAAUAUUAAUUGCCGAGGUCAGCGUAACAUGGCAUUCAAGUGUGCAACUGGUGUAUGAGAACAAAUAUAACCGGUACGCUGUAAACUCUAACCAUGAGUACAGCGAAAGCACGCCGUAUCCACCAGGGGUGAACUUGGCCAACGAGUUGAGAGCUAUGUACCCGAACUUCGUGCGAGGAGUUAAGGUACUACCACUAGUAAUCACUCCCACGGGCCACCUUCACCGUGAAUUCGUUCCCCACAUACAGCAUAUAUUGCAGCAGACUAAAGUGAGUCGUCACAUUGAAAGGAUGCAGCGAGCUGUGGUACUGGGGACGGAUUACAUCAUCCGAACCUACUUUGCCAUGCCAAAGCGUUAG